AUGCAUUCGUUUGUAGCCACCACCUGCUCGGCUUUCCUUGCCGCAAUCUCGACGGCGCGUCCAGUCAAGAACGGAAAUGACAAGAAAGGGGGACCCCCGGCCGCGGUUCCGUGCCCGCUGCCCAAUCCGAGCGACGCUCAGGCUCUCGGAAAUCCGACAGCGAUUCUCGCCGCGCGGCUGAAACUUUCAGCAAACGUGGUUGGGGGUACCUGCGACGUCAAAGCCACCGGCCGAAUCUGCCUGGCCGUCUUCGAACCACGACUACAACAUCUUCUACAGUGUCGUCGUCUCCACCUCCGUCGCCGGCGAGCCGACCAGCGUUUCCAUCUGGCAAGGCGCGGCGGGAGAGGCGGGAACCGCUGUUUAUAA